AUGGCGCUGCAGAUCGAGGCCGAGAUCUUCGCUGCUGACAUGGAGGAGAUCAAGGUCAAGGAGGACGCGCUCCCCACUGGAAAGGCGUCGAAGGACUUCCAGGACUCCUCCACGAAGGCGUCCGUCGAGAUCACCUUCACGUUCACCAAGGCGCCCAUCUCAGAGACGAUCAGCAGCCCCUCCAUCGCCGAUGACUCCGCCGAGAAGAGGACAUCCUCAGCUGCAGCCCCUGUCAUUCUCCGUCCAGUCGAACCUUCCCAUCCUCCGCCUCAGAGGGUGAUGACCCGCAUCGACCUGGAGAGCCGGUUGAGGCGUGAGCUGGUGGCGACCACAGGUCGCGGGGAGUUCGAUGGGGCUGACGCCAAUGUGGAUGGGUUGACUGGUGAAGUUCUCAGUUUAUGCAUUGGUGUUUGCAAAACUGAGACCAACCGAGACACAAUCCUUUGGAUUGUCGACUCCUCUUUGUCACCGGACCUCCAGCAGAAGAAUGGCAUCAGAAUCAGCAGCAUAUCGGGGAUACAUCCGUUCGAGUGUGAUCCCUGUGCCGACAUGGAUGAAACAAUCCCGCUGGCUUCGGACCACCGUCAUGCGUCGUAG